UCGCAGCGCUUGUUUGUGGCGCGCUUCGCUUUGCUUUGGCGGCGCGAAGUCUCGUCGCGUUUCCUCAGUCCAUAACCUUUUGUGCGGACUGACAAAAUGCAGAGUUUCCUCAAGACUGGGAAAUUGGGGUCGAGCAGUGGCGCCGGUCCUUCGGGGGAGAAGUCAUCCGCCAAGGGGCAAAAGAGGACCAACAGGCCCACGCCUUGGGUCGAAAAAUACCGGCCCAAGACCGUUGACGAUGUUGUCGAGCAAGGUGAUGUGGUUGCCGUCCUCCGGCAGUGCCUAUCGGGGGCAGAUUUGCCUAACUUGCUCCUCUACGGACCCCCUGGUACUGGUAAGACCAGCACCAUUCUUGCUGCAGCAAGGCAGUUGUUUGGGGACAUUUAUCGUGACAGGAUCCUUGAGCUGAACGCAUCUGAUGAGCGAGGCAUUCAGGUCAUUCGAGAUAAGGUGAAAUCGUUUGCACAGUUAUCGGCUAGCGGAGUGCGUCCUGACGGUAAACCAUGCCCAGCAUUUAAGAUAGUCAUUCUUGAUGAAGCUGAUUCCAUGACUCAUGCUGCCCAAGCUGCCUUACGAAGAACAAUGGAAAAGCAGACUAGAACAACUCGGUUUUGCUUGGUUUGUAAUUAUGUCAGUCGCAUAAUUGAACCACUUACCUCAAGGUGCACAAAAUUUCGCUUCAAGCCUUUAGGUGAAGCUAAGGUGGUUGAAAGACUCCAAUUUAUUUCUGAAGAGGAAAAUGUCCACAUUGAGAAAGAUGCUCUGCAUUCAUUGAUUGAUGCUGCUGGAGGAGAUUUGCGUAGAGCUAUAACUUGUCUACAGUCAUGUGCCCGGCUGAAGGGCAAAGACAGUUCAUCACCAAUCACUGGUGAAGAUGUGGUGGAGGUGAUGGGAAUAGUUCCCAACAGGUGGCUUGAUGGAUUGAUGAGUGUAUGUGAAGAGUAUGAUUACUUCAAGCUUACCAAAUAUGUGGAUGAGUUCAUUAUGGAAGGAUAUUCUGCAGGCCAGUUACUGGAACAACUUCAUCUUAAAAUUGUGUUGUCUCCAACAAUUGGUGACAAACAAAAAGCUAUCAUUUGUGAAAAGCUAGCUGUCUGCAGCCACAGAUUACAACAAGGAGCCAGUGAAUACCUUCAAAUGGCAGAUCUUUGCUGUACCAUUAUGUUGUGCUUGCGACAGUGAGUUAAGUUAACAAGUUCUUUGUGUCCCAAUAUUCAUUUGUAUUCUUUUUAUAUGUUUGUGUUUCUUUCAUGGUGUUAAGUUUUCUCUCUUCUUUGUCCAUUCUGUGAUACUGAGCUGUUUUCAAUUAAAUAAGAGAACUACUUGCACAA